AUGCCUUCCAACGGGCCAUCAUGUCUCGUCAGUGCCCUUCGGGCCCUUAGGGUAUCUCAUACACCAACCACGCGACCGUCAAUAAUACGUAAAACACCGAUUGCAUCUCGAACGAUCCCGUCCCCUCAAAAUGUCCGACUCUUCUCAGCGACGGCAUCAAUGGCCGGCAACUGGUUAGAACCGAACUUGAAUCGAAAGGACAAGAUGAUGAAGGGACGACCUAGGGUUGCAACAGGCGGGUCUACCAAAGGAACAACAGUAGUAUGGGGAGAUUGGGGACUACGGAUGAAAGACCAUCACCGAAGAAUCAGCGCGAAGCAACUGAAGGUCGCAGAGGAUACUAUCAAACAACGAUUACGUGGCCAAAAGUACCGAUUAUAUAAACGAGUCUGUUGCAAUGUUGGCGUGUUCGUCAGUGGUAAUGAGAUACGUAUGGGCAAAGGAAAGGGUUCCUUUGAUCAUUGGGCCGCAAGAGUAGCAGUAAACCAGAUUGUCUUGGAGCUCAGGGGAAUGAUUCACGAGCAAGUUGCCCGUGAUGCUUUCCGUUUAGCCGGCAACAAACUACCUGGCCAAUGGGAGUUUGUGAGGAAAGGCGACGCGCCCAUAGUUGGAAUUACUAAGCUGAAGGGAGGAAUCACAUUAGAAGACUUGAAAAGACCACGACGAAAAGUCGCUGCGGAGUCGCUAACGCCGAUUCUUCCCGAAGUAACGGGCUCCGAAGCCCAACGGACACCACUAGAUCUCCCUUGA